CGCCAACCAGCAUUCUCUCUUCAGUUCGCUCAAUUCACGCGCAACUCGAUUAUCUAUACUUCCGGAAUCAGCGCGGCUUGACGCGGUGGUGGGCUCUUCGUCACUCGUGUUUGAUUCUGCCGAGAAUUCAGCUCUUUCGGAGAUUUGCGGACAUCGCUUGAAUACCUCCGCCAGCCCCAACAUCUACAUCUUCUCCUCCGGCGCAACCACAUACAUUCAUACAAAAUGGCAGUUCGACUUCCUGUUAGCCAGGUACCGGCGAUGUUCGCCCGCCGGCAGCCCAAGGUGCUCCGUGCCUCUCGACGCCUUCAAUCCUCCUCCGCUCCUCAAACUCAGAACCCCGCCUACCCCCUCUACCCCUCCGUCAUCCAGCUCCUGCACGAGAAGAACAUCCCCGAGUCGGAAGUUUCCAAGAUCCCUGCCUCCGGCCCCAAGGGCCGUCUUUUGAAGGGUGACGUGCUUGCCUACCUUGGCAAGAUCGCUGCUGAAUAUCCGGCCAACCAGGCCUCGACGCUGGCUAAGCUCAUGCACCUGGACCUGAGCAACAUUAAGAUCGCGGCACCGGCCCCGAAGCCUGCCGCGCCGGCCGCGGAGGAGAAGAAAGAGGUUAACGCUCAGACGCCGCCCAUGUCCUCAAUCGCCAUUUCCAUCUCCUUAUCUGCCGUCCUGUCCGCACAGAAGAAGAUUCAGGAGAGCUUGGGCGUGACGGUUCCUCUGUCCCGCUUCUUGGCCAUUGCCACGGACCUUGCGAAUGACGCCCUCCCUCGUUCGAAGGGCGAGCAGCCCUCUUCGGAUGAGUUGUUCGAUGAGCUCCUCGGUGCCGAGCCUGUCAACACAUCCCGCGGCGACUACAUUCCCGAGCUGAACGCUUUCGAGGCUUCCGAGGCCCGCCAGCCCGAGCCUGUGGUCGAGGAUAUCAUCGACUUCCUGAGCGCCAAGCCCGGCAAGAAGACUGUUGCUUCUCCAGUCUCUGCUGUGGAUGCUGGUGCUGCCCAGAAUGUGUUCAGCUUGACGGUCCCCGUGGGUGAGGAGCUCCGUGCCAAGACAUUCCUUGAGCGCAUCAAGACUCUCCUGCAGGUCGAGCCUGCCAGGCUAGUGCUUUAAAAUUGUCAUUUCUUGUUAUAAAUCUCCCCCAAUGUCUUGGAGCUCCUGUUUUUCUUUCAAGUUUCCCUUUGUCCACUCAUGUUAUCUCCACACUCUGUUGGUGGAAUUCAAGGCCUCUCUGUAUUUAGUGUAGCAUAGAUAAUCCGAUACCGCCUUGAUUGGCUCGAUAAAC